UCCACACCGCGGGCGCAGCCCCGCCACGAGACUCUGACAGCCGCGCGGCCCGCGCUGCUCCGGCGCACAGGGACGGACGGACCGCGGCGGCCAGCGGCGGCGAAGGAGGACGCGAGGACCGCGGCCUGGCGCCAAGUGCGGGAGGCGCGCGGGUCCGGCGGCGCGCAGAGGUCUCUUCUGAAGCAGCUGGGAACUCAGAAGGCCUCAUUACCCGUGAGGAGCAGGCCCACCAGGAGAGCAGUAAGGGAUGGCGUGGAGCCCCCCAGGGCCUGAGGAGUGAACACACUCUACAGCUCGCUCGCCUCCAAGUCAGAGGACCGCACCACCGGGGAGACUCAGGAAGAAUUGAUACUCCGGCCCCCGGUGACAUGUACAUGGUGUAAUGACAGGAAAUGAGCAGGUUUGCAGAGAAACUGCUGGCCUGAAAUUUAAGAAGAAGGCGUCGUUGCUUGUGAGUCUGAAUCUUGCUUUUUUAGGGCUCUGGCUGAGAACAUGGCCAAUGGCAUUGACGAGCUGAUCGGCAUUCCCUUCCCCAACCACAGCAGCGAGGUCCUGUGCAGCCUGAACGAGCAGCGGCAUGACGGGCUGCUCUGCGACGUGCUCCUGGUGGUGCAGGAGCAGGAGUACCGCACCCACCGCUCCGUCCUGGCUGCCUGCAGCAAGUACUUCAAGAAGCUCUUCACGGCCGGCACCUUAGCCAGCCAGCCCUACGUCUACGAGAUUGACUUUGUCCAGCCUGAGGCUCUGGCCGCCAUCCUGGAGUUCGCCUACACCUCCACGCUCACCAUCACCGCCUCCAAUGUCAAGCACAUCCUCAAUGCUGCCAGGAUGCUGGAGAUCCAGUGCAUCGUGAACGUGUGCCUGGAGAUCAUGGAGCCCGGGGGGGAUGGGGGGGAGGAGGAUGACAAGGAGGACGACGACGAUGAUGAAGAUGACGAUGACGAGGAGGAUGAAGAGGAGGAGGAGGAGGAAGAGGAGGAAGAGGAGGACGACGACACGGAGGAUUUCGCAGAUCAAGAAAACUUGCCUGACCCCCAGGACAUCAAUUGCCACCAAAGCCCUUCCAAGACAGACCACCUUUCGGAGAAGGCCUACUCAGACACACCCAGGGACUUCCCUGAUUCCUUCCAGGCCGGCAGCCCCGGCCAUCUGGGCGUGAUCCGGGACUUCUCCAUCGAAUCUUUGCUGAGGGAGAACCUGUACCCCAAAGCCAACAUCCCCGACAGGGGACCCUCCUUAUCUCCCUUCGCCCCAGACUUCUUUCCACACCUCUGGCCAGGGGACUUCGGUGCCUUCACCCAGCUGCCCGAGCAGCCCGUGGACAACGGGCCCCUGGACCUGGUCAUCAAGAACCGCAAGAUCAAGGAGGAGGAGAAGGAGGAGCUUCCCCCGCCCCCACCGCCUCCCUUCCCGAACGACUUCUUCAAGGACGUGUUCCCGGACCUUCCCGGGGGGCCGCUGGGGCCCAUCAAGGCAGAGAACGACUACGGUGCCUAUCUCAGCUUCCUGAGUGCCGCCCACCUGGGGGGGCUCUUCCCGCCCUGGCCGCUGGUGGAGGAGCGCAAGCUGAAGCCCAAGGCCUCUCAGCAGUGCCCCAUCUGCCACAAAGUCAUCAUGGGGGCCGGGAAGCUGCCGCGGCACAUGAGGACGCACACCGGGGAGAAGCCAUACAUGUGCAACAUCUGUGAGGUCCGCUUCACCAGGCAGGACAAGCUGAAGAUCCACAUGAGGAAGCACACGGGGGAACGGCCCUACCUGUGCAUCCACUGCAACGCCAAGUUCGUGCACAACUACGACCUCAAGAACCACAUGCGCAUCCACACGGGCGUGCGGCCCUACCAGUGCGAGUUCUGCUACAAGAGCUUCACGCGCUCCGACCACCUGCACCGGCACAUCAAGCGCCAGAGCUGCCGCAUGGCCCGGCCCCGGCGCGGCCGCAAGCCGGCCGCCUGGAGGGCCGCCAGCCUGCUCUUCGGGCCCGGCGGCCCGGCCCCCGACAAGGCGGCCUUCGCGGUGAUGCCGCCGGCGCUGGGCGAGGUGGGCGGCCACCUGGGCGGGGCGGCCGUGUGCCUCCCGGGCCCCAGCCCCGCCAAGCACUUCCUGGCGGCGCCCAAGGGCGCGCUGAGCCUGCAGGAGCUGGAGCGGCAGUUCGAGGAGACGCAGAUGAAGCUGUUCGGGCGCGCGCAGCUCGAGGCCGAGAGGGACGCGGGGGGCCUCUUGGCCUUCGCGCUGGCCGAGAACGUGGCCGCCGCGCGGCCCUACUUCCCGCUGCCCGACCCCUGGGCCACGGGCCUGGCCGGCCUCCCCGGGCUGGCCGGCCUCAACCACGUGGCCUCCAUGUCUGAAGCCAACAACUAGGCUGGUCCUUGUCAACCCCGGUCCUGAUUCCCUGUCCCCCUUUCUCCUCCCAGGCCCACCUGCCCCAUCCGAUGGGUCUGAACUUUUUAUUUCAGAAUCACAAAGGAAAAAGGAAACAAUCCAGCAGCCAUGGAAUUUUCUGGGCCUCCUGAGGCAGCUGCCUCCCCUCUGCUGGUGUCUGAGAUAGGCUUCUCCCAACAGGCCUGGCCUCUCCCUGGCUGCCUCUCUGUUCUCAUAGAAGUUCGCAGGGGCCAGUGCCACAGCCGAGGCCCCCAGCUGGGUGCCCAGGAGCACUUCGGAGCUGUGUAGGGUAGAUGGAGGGUGGUGGCUUGGCCAGAGGCAGACCGGGUGGAGCAGGGAUGAAGGUAGGGUCCUGAGGAACACACCCUGUGAGCCCUGCCGCUCUGCGGUGGAGUCCCUGCUGACACUGCUCUGAUGGACCACUUUUCCAGUCUCCAGAAGCCCUGGGAUCCUGGGGGGAAAUGCCCUGUUGGCAGGGAGGCCUCCUGGAGUCAGGAAUGAGGCCCGAGGCUCCUGGAGUCCAGGCCUACUUUCUCCUCACUGUCAUGUGAUCUCUGACAGAUCAGCCCUCCGUACCCCAGCGUCACCCUGCUGUGAAAGGGGGCUGCUAAUUUCAUUGCCUCGCUCCCCUCCCCCGAUCCCCCCACACACACACCCAUCCCUCCAGAGAGAGGCCUUGAGAGAGUAGGAGCUUUGCAUUCCUAACAUCCCAGGUGUCACGUCUUACUGUGCUUCGUUUUGUCACAUCCACAGGUGAGGAAUGUGGCCACACUAGGCAGGGGUGGCAGAGGGAGAGGGUUGGGGUGCGGCUUGUCCACAGCCCCCAGGCAGCUUUGGGGAACUGCAAAUCCUACCCUCCUCGCUGCGCCACUGUGCGCAUCUGGGGACGGCCACUUAGCAUCCCCCCCAGCCCCGCUCCACGUGCUCCCUGCAAUGACUUAAGGAGUCUUUCAGGACUCCUGGGGCCAGCGUAGAAGGGAGGGGGGCCACCUCUUAACUCCUGGCAACUGCCUCCCUCCACCUGAUUCCUGGAAACAGACAAAACACCCAGUUACCCAGGUGGAUGUUCGCUUUUCAGUUGUGGGCUUCUCGGGGCUUUGGCUUCGCAGUGUUUGAACAGCCCCUCAACCCCUCCCUGCUCCCCUGGGGAGGGAUCCGGGUGCCUGGUGUGGGGAGUCAGAGCCUCGGCUCAGCAUGAGUUGGAGGGCUCUGUGAGCGAGGUCUGUCCACAGCCUCUUCCCGGCUCUCCAGUUUGUAGUAGGUCCUGAGAAAAAGAUAGCUCUGCUGGCCCAGUGCCUUCCUGAUCUUCUCUCCCUUUUCCUGCCUUUCCCUCCCUUUUCUUGCUGAAUUUGCUUUUGUAUCUCAGUGGCCCAGAAGGGAGGAGCGUUCCUCCGCACGGAUGGCCUGGGGCUGGUGUCCCCAGCCCAGGAGCUGUGGGCACAAGGGACUUGGGCUCUUCCUACGGCCUUGGCUUCUCCCCAAGCAAACACAAACAACAAAAAGGCCAGAGAAGACCACAGACUCCGUCACUGUCCCAGCUCCCCCCAAAGAGACCCCUGACUCCAUACACCGCCAGCUGCCAUCUCAGCCCGAGGGCACUGCUGCUGGCACCCUCCUGUCCUCAGACAUCAUCCGCCCGGGCAGCAGCCUCUCCAGCUCCCCGUCUCCAUCUCUGACACUCGCUUCUGGGACCCACCAGCCAACAUACCCGUGGCCCCCUCCCCGUCACCAAGGGAGUGGGGCUGACCCAAACUUCAAAAGAAAACAAGGAAAAACGAACAAAUUAGAAUCCAGUGGUGUUGGGGCUUUCGGUUUUUAUUUUGUAAAGGUAAUGACUUCUUAUAAACUCAAUUUUUCAGACGACUGGUUAGUUCUUUUUGUUUUCUCUUGACUGCAGUUUGGAGUUGUAUAUUGUAAAAUAUCCAAAGAUGUCGAGUACUGUAUGAUCAAGAACUUGAAGCAAAUGGGUCAUGGGGAUAGGGGUGGUUGUGUUUUGUUUUAUUUCCUUUUUUUUUUUUUUUUUU